UCAAACAGCAUUUAUCAUAUUUGCUUUCCCUCCUUAACUCUCGUCCUUUCCCACUCUGUGACUCAGACACUGGCCCUUUCCACUCUUGGCCAACCACCAUGUACCGCUUCCCCUCCGUCCUCCUCUCUCGCCGUCUCCACCGUCGUAAACUCUCCUACACGUCCUCGCAACCACUUCACCUACCGCUCUCCCACCCUAUCUACUUCAUUUGGGGCUCCAACACCGGCGUUGGUAAAACCCUAGUCUCCGCUGGAAUUGCUGCUUCCUACCUCCUCUCUUCUCCUUCCCCCUCCCAAUUCCACUACCUCAAGCCUCUCCAAACCGGCUUUCCCUCCGAUUCGGAUUCCAGAUUCGUCUUCAACAAGGUCCGCCAACUCUCCCUCUUCCGCAACCCUCGCAUUCCCUUUUCCGCUUCUCUCCGCGUCCUCAACGUCUCCCCCGUCGUAACGGAGAUUAAUUCGUUGUCGAGUUCCGCCGCCGAGGAAGGGGUUGGCUCGUCGGAGCUGGUUUGCAAGACGUUGUAUGCGUGGGAAGAGGCGGUGUCGCCGCAUUUGGCUGCAGAGAGGGAAGGGUUGGUUGUGAAGGACUCGGUGGUGUUGGAAACACUACACAGGUGUUUCGGAGAUGUGGUGAAAAGUGGAGCAGAUAAGGAGAGAUCGGAAGUUCUGUGUGUGGUAGAGACUGCCGGUGGAGUUGCUAGUCCAGGUCCCUCUGGGUCACUUCAAUGUAACUUGUAUAGGCCGUUCCGUAUUCCUGCAAUUCUUGUUGGAGAUGGGCGAUUAGGAGGCAUCUCUGGAACCAUAUCUUCUUAUGAGAGCUUGAUGCUUCGUGGCUAUGAUGUUGUUGCUGUUGUUAUUGAAGAUCAUGGCCUGCUAAAUGAGGGUCCACUGAUGUCUUAUAUGCGGAACAAGGUUCCUGUUCUAGUGCUACCACAUAUUCCAAAAGAUCCAUCAAACGACUUAAUGGAAUGGUUUGAAGGUUCUCAUAACAUAUUUAACAAUCUAAAGGAAAUUAUGCUAUCUGCUUAUUUUGAGAGAAUCAAAAGGUUGCAUGACAUGCCAAGAGAGGCAAGGGAUAUCAUCUGGUGGCCUUUCACUCAACACAAACUUGUACCUGCUGGAGGGGUCACAGUAAUUGAUUCACGCUGUGGUGAGAACUUUGCAGUCUUCAAGGAUCAGAAGACUGAAGUCAUAACACCACUAUUUGAUGCAUGUGCUAGUUGGUGGACUCAAGGACCUGAUGCUGUAUUGCAGACUGAGCUUGCUAGGGAGAUGGGAUAUGCUGCUGCUAGAUUUGGGCAUGUAAUGUUCCCUGAGAAUGUUCAUGAGCCAGCCUUAAAAUGUGCUGAGCUUUUACUUCAAGGUGUUGGGAAAGGUUGGGCUUCUCGAGCAUAUUUUUCAGACAAUGGAUCUACAGCAAUUGAAAUUGCUCUCAAGAUGGCAUUUCGUAAAUUUUCUGUUGAUCAUGGACUUAUUGGGGAUUGUCAUGAGGAUACCACAAAUCAAAGAUCCAAUGAGCUUAUGGUCCUUGCACUUCAUAGAUCCUAUCAUGGUGACACAUUGGGUGCUAUGGAAGCACAGGCACCAUCAUCUUAUACAGGCUUCCUUCAACAACCAUGGUACACUGGAAGAGGUCUUUUUCUGGAUCCUCCUUCUGUCUUUAUGCACAACAAUACAUGGAAUAUUUCCUUACCUGAAGGUUAUCAGUGGAAAAGUCUGAAAGUUGAAAGUAUUACCUUUGCUUCACGUGACGAAAUAUUUCACAAGGGCAGGGAUAAGUCUGAGCUUGCUACAGUUUAUUCAUCUUACAUAUCAAAUGUAUUAUCUGGAUUUAGAGGGUCAAAUCAUAUUGGAGCAUUAAUUAUAGAACCAGUUAUACAAGGUUCUGGUGGAAUGCAUAUGGUUGAUCCACUUUUUCAGCGGGUACUUGUUAAUCAAUGUCGGCUUAGAAAAAUUCCAGUUAUCUUUGAUGAGGUUUUCACUGGUUUUUGGCGUUUGGGAGUAGAGACUGCAGUGGAGCUAAUCCAUUGUGUACCAGAUAUAGCCUGCUUUGGGAAGUUGUUGACUGGUGGAAUUAUACCACUGGCAGCCACUUUGGCAACAAAUGCUGUGUUUGAUUCCUUUAUUGGAGAUUCAAAGCUCAAGGCCCUUUUGCAUGGACAUUCUUACUCUGCACAUGCGAUGGGCUGUGCAGCUGCUGUUAAAUCAAUCCAAUGGUUUAAAGACUCUUGUUCCAACCCAAACAUCAUUUCUGAAGGGAGAUUACUUAGGGAGUUAUGGGAUGAUAAAAUGGUUCACCAGAUUUCAGCACACCCUGCGGUUCAAAGAGUAGUUACGUUAGGAACUUUGUGUGCCUUGGAAUUAAAAGCUGAAGGCGAUAAUGCUGGGUAUGGAUCGCUGUAUGCAAGACCACUUCUUCAGAAGCUUAGGGAAGAUGGUGUGUACACGAGGCCUCUCGGUAACGUCAUUUAUCUCUUGUGUGGACCCUGCACAUCUCCAGAAAUUUGCAAUCAAUUGCUCGUCAAACUUUACAGGAGGCUUGAAGAAUUUAAUGAAUGUAAAAAUUGAAAAUCUAAUAUAAUUGUACUAACUGAAUAAUUGUUAUUUUAUGUCUUAGCAAUGAUCCAUAGACUAAUGAUAACAUGUUUGUAUCUUGGUGCCAUGAUAUUUUAUCAUCGUGUAAUUUAUAAUUGAGGGAAAAAGUAUCAUGAUAUAUGAUUAACAAAAAUUAGCG